AUGGAGAGGAAUAUGGCAAAGCAACAGCCUCAAGGUCUUGCCUCAAGGAGAAACCUGGAGAGGCUGCAGUUGGAGUUGAGCAGCAUCAAACAAGGAGUUCAAUCUCAUGAACUGGGUCAGGGAAACAACGGAACUUGGGGGUUUCUUAGAUAUGGUAUUGGGGAGGAAGCUCAUGACCAAACCGAAGCAGAUGGUCCUGAGUUUGAUACAGUGUUCAAUUACGUAGUUGAGGAACCAGUGGUUGACAUGAAAUUUCCUGGGGAACCUGCUCCAAACUCCAGUGGUAUCCACCGUGGUGAAGGUUUCUCCCGCAAUGCCUCAGAUAUUUCCAACGUGAUAGGGAUUGCAGAUGUCAUGGAGUUCCAGCGGGCACAUCAAGAAGAAAAAAGGAUGAAUUUUGAAAGUAUCAGUCUUGGCUUGGAUAACGUAGAGAAGAAGAUUCAACGUGACCUCGAUGAUUAG